AUGGGUUUAUCAGUUUAUAUGCAAGACACUCAUAUCACUACACAACAACUAUCAAAAGCACUAUAUGGUAUUAAUAAAGAUGAUAUAUAUGAAGAUUAUAUCAAUUAUAUAGAAGCAUUAGAGCAUAGAAUUGAAUCAUUAGAUGACUUUAUGUCGAGUGAAGCUAUGUUUGCUCAAGAUAUGGCAUAUGAAAUCGAUUUAUGUAACAAUUAA